AAAUCCUAACCAUUUCCCUCCCGUCAUCGCAGGUUGGCUCCAGUUCGGCGUGGUGAAUCUGCAGCGGCGGUCAGAUCAAGGAAAGGAUGGGUCGGAAAGCUGGGUUGUACAUAAACCCAAAGAAGUUUGGCGGCAUCGUUAAGCCUUGCAUGAUGGAGAUGACGGCCUUCCUCAACUGCCUCGCCUUGAACAAGCAGAUCGAUGAAAAGUGCACGAGGCAGAAGGAGCUCUUGAUCACCUGUACCCAGGCUCAGAAGGGGAGGCCGAAGAACGCGGCCAAGACCAUCAAUUACCAUCUUCAGAGGCUCGGGCGCGACAAGUUCCACUAGUUUCGGUGGAACCGAGACCAUCGUUAUCCUUUCUAUCUCUUAUGUCCGGACAGCAAUAAUCUUCCAAGUAGCUUUGCUGAAUGAGCAGUAGACUUUAGACAAUGGUUUAGUUUGAAUCAAUUUUGGAUGUCAGACUUGUAAGGCAUCAGCAUAAUAUGGAUACCGAUUUCUCCUCCUGAUAUGAUACGCACUUUGCUGCUGCUUCCUUUUU